AGUAAUCUGACACCGGCACUAACCCGGGACACAGAGGAUGGAUUCCCGACUCCACUUUAGCACAAAAAAGCACAGUUGAGUCAGAGGAGAGACAGUAAGUCGCUAACACUGAGAGCGCGGACAGGUUUCACGGCCUUUUUAGGUUCUGUGUCUCUAAAUGCGCGACACAAAGUUUGUUCCUAAAGCUGCGGAUGGGUGACGACCACUCUCAGCGCUUCCAUGCAAGGAGACGAUGAAGAAUCACAACGGCAGCCCCAGAUUAAACCACCAUCAGCCUACGAACCACAGCAGAGACCGGAACGGGAAAAGGGGAGAUUGGCUGUGGGCCGUGUGGCUGCGCUUCUCACUGCGUGAUUACGGUUUCUGCAUGGGCACACUGCUGCUCUUCAGCCUCGCCUCAGUCUUUUACCAGAUCAACGGCGGACCCCCGAGACUCCUGCUCGACAUGCGCCAGUAUCUCGAUUGUAUAAAAGAAAAAGAUUUUGCAACACGAAGUUUCAUGUCUGAUCCAGUUUUUGUCGGUGACAUUUUGCCACAGCUGAGAGAAUCCACAUUUAUGGAUGAUCAUGGUCCCCCAGCCCCAAAGGUGCUGCCAUUCCCCAGUCAGGUGAUCUAUAAUCGUGUAGGAAAGUGUGGCAGUCGCACUGUGGUGCUGCUCCUCAGGAUUCUGGCUGAGAAGCACAAGUUUAACCUGGUUUCCUCCGACAUCCACAACAAAACCAGGCUCACCAAGCAUGAGCAGGUGGAAUUGAUGAAAAACAUCAGCACAUUCCCACAGCCCUUCCUGUACACAAGGCAUGUUCACUUCCUCAACUUCACUAGGUUCAGGAUGGAGCAGCCUGUCUAUAUUAACAUCAUCAGAGACCCCAUUAGCCGCUUCCUCUCCAACUACUUUUUCCGCCGGUUUGGAGACUGGAGGGGAGAGCAGAAUCACUUGAUCCGCACACCUCGGAUGAAAGACAAUGAAAGAUACCUGGACAUUAACGUGUGUAUCCUGGAGAACUUCCCGGAGUGCUCAAAUCCUCGCCUUUUCUACAUUGUGCCGUAUUUCUGUGGUCAGCAUCCGCAGUGCAGAGAGCCAGGUGUGUGGGCUCUAGAGAGAGCCAAACAAAAUGCCAUGGAGAACUUCCUCCUAGUGGGAAUUUUGGAGGAGUUGGAGGAUGUGCUGCUCCUUCUUGAGAGACUGCUACCUCACUACUUCAGUGAUGUGCUGAACAUCUACCACAGCCCAGCUUUUUGGAAGAUGGGUAAUCUAACAGGCACAGUAAAGAAGCACAUGCCCACACUGGAGGCCUUGCAGGUGCUGUAUCGCCGUAUGAGGUACGAGUAUGACUUCUACAACUUCAUACGUGACCAGUUCCACCUGGCCAAGAAGAAAAUUGGCCUCAAGUUGACACAUCCAAGCUCAGCACGAAAGCCUGACUUUCUGCAGGAGCUCGCCCUACGAACCAACGACCCGCUGGACGAGGAUGACAAAGAUGAGGAGGAUGAUACUGUUCUGGAAGAUGCCCACAACUGGUUGGUGCAGCCUUGAAUGUUGGAGCAGAGAUUAAAUAUCUCCCAGGAUUCAAGCAGAGGGAGCAUUCCCAAGAGCACUUUGUGUGCGUGCGUGCGUGCGUGUGUGUGUGUGUGUGUGUGUUUAGCAGGACCGCUAAAGUGCAUGGAUGGGCCUAAUUUAAUAUAUUCAAAAUACAAGACAAAAGACAGUGUACAAAUGAAUUUAUCUUUUGUCUUUUUUUAUUAAGAACGCUUUUGCUUUGUUUAAAAAAAGAAAAUGGACUCAGAAAAAAAGAGUUUUGGUCAUUUGUUUAUAUCUGGUUUUAGAGUUUAAGAUUUGCGGAGAGAAUAAAUGGAAGAACAUUUACAAUCAUGAUCAUUGUGGAGGAAAUGGACACCCAGAAGGGAGCAAAGAGUUCAAAAGGUUCAUAUAAGUUUGAGUUCAUAGAAGAUCCACAUCACACCCACAUCACAAUAUGAACCAAACACACCUUACACUACACAUGAGGAGCCCUCUCUACAUGAGGAGAGUACAAAAAAAGUGUUUCAUAUUUGUUAAGAAACAUUUGCUCUUUCUUCUUUCCAUAUUUAUUUCUACAACUCAAGUGUGAUUUAAGGCCAUGACAAAGUCUGUGUACACUAUCUGGGAAAGCUACCAUUCAAGAAAGCUAAAACACUUGGGUGGAGGUGGGAGGAUUAGUGAAAGGGGCUAGGGCAGGGGUAUGUUGGGGGAGAUAGCAGAGCACUACUUAUUAUCAGUUUUUUGUAUGGAGUGCAUAUACAAUACUCUCAAUUUUAGGGAGUACAAGUUGUACCUCAGGAAACCCUUUUUUAAAAUGUGUCUUUAUUACAAAUCUAUAAUAAAUGUUAAAAAAAGAAAAUGGACAAAUCAUGUCACAAUAAAAAUGUUUUGAGAUGUUUUGAAACAGCCCAAAACUAUAACACUAAAUGCAAUAACCAAUAGACACUUGCUAUUUUUUAUGAUUUCCAAGGACUGUUAAGCAUCAGUAAACAGAAAUACAUUCAAAACUUUGACCAGUACUGCAAACUCAGACCAAAACAUGGCCUUCUGUACACUCAGGAUGUCUGCAAUGUGCAAAAUGCAAACGUAAUUAUUUGUGAGUACAAACAACCAAAUGAUAUCAUAUCAUAUAUCAUUGUAUAGCAUAUUGUAUUGGAAAUCGACCAAUCGUAAGCCAUAAUCAGAAAUAACACUGCUGAAAGGAAACACGUGAGGAAUAAAACAGAAGUUGGUGUGAAAUGAAACAGAGGACUGUUUCCACUCCAAAAAUGUUCAGACAAUCCAAAUAACAUAAUAUUUUAUUGAUUAAAAUAUAGUAAUACUGUUUUUUAGCAUUUUUAGUUAUUUAAUGCUGUGUGAUGUCCUUAAAACAAGUUAAUUCCUGUUAUUAUUUACAUUCCAACAGCUAAAAGCAGUCAUUCCUAUACCAGCCUCUCUCUCUCUGUUGAUACUGAUAAAACAAAAAUGCAGCUCAUUGCCAAGAAACAAGAAAGUGCAAAAAAGUCUGUAAAACUUUAAAGUUACAGCUUUACCACAAAGCACUGACACUGGAGACUCCUUCCAAAAAGGAAACAUCUCAUAUGAAAAUGAAAUGAAAUUAACUGAAAUUGCAAA